AUGGUUUCUGGGGCAAGUGCGGAGGACACGACCGGCAGCAUUCAAGGAGCUUGUGACGAAGGAAAGCUUGCUGAGCCUGGCUUGCGUGGCCUGGCGGAUGCUAGCGAUGCCGCAGGCAGCCACCUGCCUUGUGAAGAAGCGGUUCAUGGUGUACGGCAGUUGCAAGACGCCACGGUAACAGGCAACAACAUCUCGUCACCGAACCGUAACCCCAUCGCCACUGAAAGCGACAGCCAACCGAUCGACACAGCAUCGUGGUUUCGCGGCCCUCCAGCCACCCAUGACCCUUCCCCCGAUCGCGGUGCCUAUCAGGCGCAGGCCAAGCUCUCUCUGGCCAGCAGGACAGCAACAAAGCCCUCCACCCAAGCCAACAACCACGCCCCAGCCUCAGCCGCAAGGUUUGCAGCCAGGAUCCUCCAACCACACCUUCCAGCCUCAGACCCCGCGGUGCCCUCUAACCAUGGAGCCCUCCACUUGGGGCCCUCUGCCCUCCAGCCACGGAGUGCUGCCGCACCUGCAGCCAUGGCACCCCGCAACCACCCGUCACAGGGCAUGGCGGAUGCUGCUGAGGCUGCUGUCCAUGGGCUUCCUGACAGUCGGCUGCAGGCCAUGGUUUCUGGGGCAAGUGCGGAGGACACGACCGGCAGCAUUCAAGGAGCUUGUGGCGAAGGAAAGCUUGCUGAGCCUGGCUUGCGUGGCCUGGCGGAUGCUAGCGAUGCCGCAGGCAGCCACCUGCCUUGUGAAGAAGGGUUCCAUAGUGCGUGGCACUUGCAAAACUCCACUGUAACAGGGUACGAGGCUGCUAAGCGCAAGGCCGAGGCGGAGAAGAAGGCGUCGGAGGCAAAGCGCCAAGCUCAGGAGAAGAAGAAGAAGGAGGAGGCUGAGGCAAAGCGGCAGGUGGACGCCAAGAAGACGGAGGAGUACGCACAAAAGGAGGAGCCCGAGAGGGCACGAGCAGGGGAAGCUGCCAAGCGCAACGCCGAGGAGGAGAAGCCGAAGGCGGUGGAGGACGUCCGCAGGCACAUGUCGCAUCAUUUCGCUGAGCACACGUCCAGCCAUAUCCACUUGCUGUCUCGCUGCCUGCAGCAUGGCGAGGCAAAGCGCCAAGCUCAGGAGAAGAAGAAGAAGGAGGAGGCUGAGGCAAAGCGGCAGGUGGACGCCAAGAAGACGGAGGAGUACGCACAAAAGGAGGAGCCCGAGAGGGCACGAGCAGGGGAAGCUGCCAAGCGCAACGCCGAGGAGGAGAAGCCGAAGGCGGUGGAGGCAAAGCGCCAAGCUCAGGAGAAGAAGAAGAAGGAGGAGGCUGAGGCAAAGCGGCAGGUGGACGCCAAGAAGACGGAGGACGCCCAGAAGGCGCAUGCAGAGUCAGGGGGGAAGAAGAGGCAGAAUAAGGCAGAGGCUGAGGCCAAACGACAGGAGGACGCACAAAAGGAGGAGCCCGAGAGGGCACGAGCAGGGGAAGCUGCCAAGCGCAACGCCGAGGAGGAGAAGCCGAAGGCGGUGGAGGCAAAGCGCCAAGCUCAGGAGAAGAAGAAGAAGGAGGAGGCUGAGGCAAAGCGGCAGGUGGACGCCAAGAAGACGGAGGACGCCCAGAAGGCGCAUGCAGAGUCAGGGGGGAAGAAGAGGCAGAAUAAGGCAGAGGCUGAGGCCAAACGACAGGAGUACGCACAAAAGGAGGAGCCCGAGAGGGCACGAGCAGGCGAAGCUGCCAAGCGCAACGCCGAGGAGGAGAAGCCGAAGGCGGUGGAGGUCGGCAAUCUAGUGAAAAAAGAAAAGAUGGAGUCGAAGGAGGAAGGCAAGAAGGUGCGGGCAGAGGCGGCGGAGAAGAGGAAGGUGGAGGCUGAGGCCAAACGACAGGAGGAAGCCCAGAAGAAGGCGGAAGCCAAGAAGGUGCAUAGAAAGCAGGAGGUGGAGGCGAUGCCCGUGCACGCUGAUGGUCGACAGAGGAACUGCAUACUCUCCCACGAUGUACGCCAGGAGGUGAGGCAAAACCAAGACCACCCACCACUGAAACACGAAGUGUCAUGGAGCAACCAGACACUUCUGGAGGACAGUCCCCCGUUCCAAGUGCCUUUUCAGCCGGCGACAGAGGUGAGAGUGGGCAAAAGUGGAGCAGCAGCUUCAGCCGGCAGUGUAUCCACAACGCCCGCGCCAAGACCUUCUCCAUCUCCUCUGCCAUCGGCUCUUAGGGACGCCAACCGGCCCAGGCCAAUGAGGACACUUCGGUUUUCUGAGAUAGUUGAGCAGCGGGAGAUCAGCCCAAACCCGCGAUCCGUGUCGGCCAGCAAAAGCUCCGGCUGCGACAGGCCUUGCGCAGGCCAAGCAGACCCACAGCCUCCGCCUGCACCAAAGGCAGCCAGAAGAGUCCCAGAGAUUUCUCAGCUUCCAACACCGCAGUCAGGUCCUGCUGGUUCGGCAGCUUCCAGCAAGACCUCAGCAGACGCUAAGCCAGCACCAGUGCCGAGCUCCAGCUUCGCAGUCAGCGCAGUCAGCGCUGCCUCCGAAGGCAACCUGGACAGACAUGCCGAGCCGAUGAAGCGCGCAGCCCAGGCAAAUCAGAAUGCCCCCCGAUCUGCAAGGCAUCACCACCAGAGUGAGAUCCAACACAAGCAUCGCAGGCACAGCACCGCGGCUGAUGACACGCCAGCCCCCAGCAAGCAAGGAAAGCAUAGCAAGCAUAGCAAGCAUAACAAGCAUAACAAGCAAGGCCGCAUUGCUCGAACGGGCUCCACCGGUACAGUGCCAAGCUCCUGCAACGGGAGUACGCCACCUGUGGGCGAUGGUGGCGUAGGGCGAGUCUACAGCCCGAAGCCUGUGGAGGUCACAGAUGCGAUGGCGAGAAGAGCCCAUGAGCAGGGUCUCAAUCCCAGCUUGCAAAAGCGCGUCCUGGAACGUGCGUACUACAUGUUUGAGAACGGCGAGUCUGAUGACUCCGAACGAAAUUACUUUAAGGCUUUAAGAAUCGAGCUCAGCCAGCGAGGCUGA